UGUGCUGAUUUAAAAAAAUACCUGUGAAAGAUCUUCAGUGUUUCCAGUGUGGAAUCUUUAGUUUAGAUAAAAGAGGAAGAACACGUGUAAUCUAUCCAUGUAUCAGUAGUCAUAUUGUUACAGCGUCGUUAGUGUUGAAAAAUCGAAACUAAGUCUUUCAAGUGGAAUUGUAUAAGUAGAAGUAUGCACCUAUCAGCAAAAGAAACAAUAGAAUGCCGUGGAAAAGAGCAACGGUUUACAACACACUUCCGUAGAAGGUAGGUUACGGUGUUAUGCCACCCAGAAAAAAAGCUCUUCCUCGCCCACUGCCUGAAGGAUGGAUUGUAACAGAUGCAGAAAAGAGGCAAUGGAGACUAGGAAAAAUGAUCGGACAAGGUGGAUUUGGCCUGAUAUAUCUAGCAUCUCCAGGUACUGGGAAACAUGAUGAAGAUGAGGCAGAAUUUGUAAUUAAAGUAGAAUAUAAAGAAAAUGGACCACUGUUCUCUGAACUUAAAUUUUACCAAAGGGCUGCAAAGCCAGCUGAUAUUCAGAAAUGGAUGCAAGUGAAAAGAUUACGUUUUUUGGGAAUUCCAAAGUAUUGUGGACAUGGAAUAGUUGAGUUUGAUGAAUUGAGUUACAGGUUCAUGGUGAUAGAAAGACUUGGCAAAGACUUGCAACAUAUCUUUGAAAAACAGGGGAAAAUGUUUAAAAAUCAAGUUGUUCUAAAUUUAGGGUUAAAGAUGUUACAUGUUUUGGAAUACAUACAUGAAAAUGAAUACAUUCAUGGUGACAUAAAAGCUGCAAAUAUACUUCUUGGAUUCAAAGAUUCUAAUAAGUUGUAUUUGGCAGAUUAUGGUCUAUCAUACAGAUAUUCUCCAAACCAAAUCCAUAAAAAGUAUGAGGAACGUCCUAAGAAGGGUCACAAUGGGACAAUUGAGUACACAAGUAUAGAUGCUCAUAAAGGUGUAGCUCCAUCCAGACGGAGUGACCUUGAAAUACUUGGCUACUGCAUGCUGCACUGGAUGUGUGGAAAACUUCCCUGGGAGCAGUAUCUGAAUAAACCAGAACUUGUCCUGGAAGCUAAAACAAAACUGAUGGAAAAGCUUCCUGAGUCCGUAACACAGAUUUCCCCACAUGGUGCCAAAUGUGGGGAAAUAGCCAAGAUUUUAUCCCUUGUUAAAAAACUGGGAUAUGAUGAAAGGCCAAACUACCAUAUGCUACAAAAAAUACUCCUCGAUGGUCUAAAAGAAACUCAAAAAGACUUCAAUGAUUUUUUGGAUUUUUCUCCAGUUUCUGAAGUCGAAGCACAUGGCUACUGCUUAUACAACCAGCAUGCAACAACCAUUAAAUCAGUGAGACGUGACAUAAGGACAACACAACCUGUGGAAAAGUGUUUGAAUGAAAGCAAAACGUCAUUGACAAGAUCAAGAAUGGUACAAAAUAAAGUCAAAGAAGAUUUGGAUGCUAAAUGGGAAGAGGCCAAGGAAAAUGAAAACUCUCUAGAGAAACAUAAAAAGUACAAGAAGAAAAAUAAAACAGAGGAAAAUCACUUUAAUAAGAUAACACAGAAUUUAACAAAGGAAUUAAAGCCGCGAACAACACAGCUACUAACAAAAAAGAAAUAUGCAGAAGAUGAAUGCAAUAAACUUACAGGAAGUGACCGCCAGUACGAGGAUGAGUAUUUAAUACAACAAGCAAACGAUGAUCAAAUAGAAUUUUCUUGGAGAAAAUGGUGCCUGCUACUCGUUUUUCUAAUCAUAUUAAUUGUAAUAGUUACACUUUAUUGACUUAUAAAAAAUAGACAUUAAUA